CUUAUGGCAAAGGAGCCGUCGCACUGGGCCUGGCUGCGGGAGCGGCCCCGGCACCACAGCGGAGCCACCCGGAAUUACCUGCGGGAUGAGCGGGAGCUGCUGCCCCGCGGCCCCGGCGUCACCCCCCCGGGCUGUGCCCUGUGUCACCUUCCCGCGGGGGACAACGACGGUGACGAUGAGGACGGCGCCGCGCCGGCCACCGCCCCGUCGCUCCUCAUCCUCCCGCUCCCGCGGGAGCCGGACGCCGAGCGCCAGGGCCCCGUCCUGGCCUGGCCCUCCCCCAACAGCCACGGGAAUGGCGUGGGAUCGUCUCGGGAUUCCCGAUGGCGGGAUGCUUUGGGUCGUUUUUCCCAUUAUCCGUGUGUUUCUGCCCGCCAGGAGCUGUGUCCCAACCCCCGGUUCAUUGUGGACGGAGCCACGCGCACCGACAUCUGCCAGGGAGCGCUGGGCGACUGUUGGCUCCUGGCCGCCAUCGCGUCGCUGACGCUCAACGACACCAUCCUGCACCGCGUGGUCCCGCACGGACAGAGCUUCCAGCAGGGAUACGCCGGCAUCUUCCACUUCCAGAUCUGGCAGUUCGGAGAGUGGCUGGACGUGGUGGUGGACGACUACCUGCCCACCAAGGACGGGAAGCUGCUCUUCGUGCACUCGGCCGAGGGCUCCGAGGUCUGGAGCGCGCUGGGGGCCUGGAGCGACAACUCGUCCGAGUGGAACGCGGUGGAGCCGGCGCUGCGGCAGCAGCUCAUGGUGAAGAUGGAGGACGGCGAGUUCUGUUUUUCCCUUUUUUUUUCCCCAGCCACCUUCUGGAUCAACCCGCAGUUCAAAAUCCACCUGGAAGAGGUGGAUGAUGACGGCGAUUCCGGGCGCGAGCCCGGCUGCAGCUUCCUGCUGGCGCUGAUGCAGAAGCACCGGCGCCGGGAACGCCGCUACGGAAAGGACAUGGAAACCAUCGGAUUCGCCGUGUAUGAGGUACCCUCCGGAGCCAUGUCCGGUGGGACCGUGCGGAACCUCCGCUCCGCUCCAACUGCUCCUCCUUCUCUCCGCAGGUUCCCCCGGAGGUGGGUACGAAAUUCCCCGCCGGCCUUCGGCGAGGACAUGGAGAUCAGCGUGAAGGAGCUGCAGACCAUCCUCAACAGAAUCAUUGCGAAACAUAAAGACCUCCGGACCAAAGGGUUCAGCGUGGAGUCGUGCCGGAGCAUGGUCAACCUCAUGGAUAAAGACGGAAACGGGAAGCUGGGGCUGGUGGAGUUCAACGUCCUCUGGAACCGGAUCCGGAAUUACCUGGCCAUUUUCCGCAAGUUCGACCUGGACAAAUCGGGAAGCAUGAGCGCCUACGAGAUGCGGCUGGCGCUGGAGUCUGCAGGCUUUAAAUUGAACAAGAAGCUCCACGAGUUGAUCAUCACCCGCUACGCCGAGCCCGACCUGGCCCUCGACUUCGACAGCUUCGUCUGCUGCUUGGUCCGCCUGGAAACCAUGUUCCGGUUUUUCCAAGCGCUGGACGGGGACAAGGACGGCGUCGUCACCUUCGACUUGCUCAAGGUACCGGGGGCCGCGGCGGCGGCUCCGGCUCCCCUCCGGCUCUUCCCGGCUCCGGGGGGGCCCCUGAGCUCCAGCUACAAGUUCAUGUUCCAGAAGCCGCUGGAUAUCCGGGAAGCGCUGGCCUGGAGGGUGUCGGAGCUGGGCGAGACCCUGCGGAAGCUCCACGGGCUGCAGGAGCUGGCGCCGGCCGCGCGCCCCGCGCAGGACAGGUGA